AUGGCGGCCCGGCUCCCUCAGCCCGCGGCCGGAGCUGCGCAUGCGCGGCCGCGCCGUUGCCAUGGCGGCGGGAGACGCGCGGGGCGGCGGCGGCGAUGGCGAUGGAGCCGCGGCGGCUCCUGCUGCGAUACUUCCCGCCGGGUGCGGAGCGGGGCGGGCGGCCGGGGGCUCCCGGUGCUGGCGGCGGCUGUGUUGGGGCUGGGGCUGCGCGCGGGGAGGCUUUGGGUGUGGAGCGUGUGGCGGGGGCCGUGCGGGACCGCCCGUCAUGGCGGGGGCCCUCACCCCGGCGGGGACCCUCACUCCGGCGGGGACCCUCACCCCGGCGGGGCCCCUCACCCCGGCGGGGACCCUCACCCCAGCGGGGACCCUCACCCCGGCGGGGACCCUCACCCCAGCGGGGACCCUCACCCCGGUGGGUCCCCUCACCCCGGCGGGGACCCUCACUCCAGCGGGGACCCUCACCCCGGCGGGGCCCCUCACCCCGGCUUCUUUGAACAUCGAGCUAAUAGGAAAUACCUUCAGGACUGCUUCUUUGAAAUGAAUGCUGAUGAAAUGAUGCAAAAAGUUGUUGGAAAAACGAGAAUUAUUUUGGAAUAUGUAGAAGGUGGUAAGUCAAGGACCAGAUCAAUAGAUCUACUUGAUCUUAGACCUGACACAGAUGUCUCAGCCGUUGUAGAAGAAAUUAAAAAAGGAGAACCUCUCAUCACAGCUUCCUGCUUGGAAUAUGUCAUACAUCUAAUACACAGAUUGCAGGAGAAGCUGGGGGAAAAACAGAAUCACAAAUUCACUCUUUUUAAGGCGCUUAGAACACACAUACUGCCACUGACKAAUGUAGCAUUUAACAAAUCUGGUUCCCGCUUUAUCACUGGAAGCUAUGACAGAACCUGCAAACUAUGGGAUACAGCAUCGGGAGAAGAGCUGCGUACACUGGAGGGACACAAAAAUGUUGUCUAUGCAAUAGCUUUCAAUAAUCCCUAUGGCGACAAGAUUGCCACUGGAUCAUUUGAUAGAACCUGCAAACUGUGGAGUACAGAAACAGGAGAAUGUUAUCAUACUCUCAGAGGACAUAUUGCAGAAAUAGUAUGUUUAUCAUUUAACCCUCAGAGCACGUUGGUGGCAACUGGCAGCAUGGAUACCACUGUCAAAUUAUGGGACAUAGAGAAAGGGGAAGAAGUAGCCACUUUAAGUGGACACUCAGCAGAAAUUAUUACAAUGUCUUUCAAUACCACUGGAGACAGGAUCAUCACUGGCUCCUUUGACCAGAUAGCAAUAGUAUGGGAUGUUGUCACUGGCAGGAUGUUACAUACUUUAAUAGGCCACCAAGGAGAGAUUAGCAGUGCCCAGUUCAGCUGGGACGGUUCUCUCAUUGUCACUGGAUCAAUGGACAAAACAUGCAUGCUGUGGAAUGCUGUGACUGGGACGCACAUAGCAACGCUGGCAGAUCACAGGGAGGAGGUGUUYGAUGUGUGCUUCGAUUACACGGGACGGCACUUUGCAACUGCCUCUGCUGAUGGGACAGCAAGAGUCUAUAAUGCAAAAACAAARCAGUGUGUUGCAAAGCUAGAAGGGCAUGAAGAUGAAAUUUCAAAGGUGUGUUUCAACCCGAAAGGCAAUUGCAUACUAACAGCCAGUUCUGAUAAAACAGCUCGACUAUGGGAUGCUGCUACUGGACAYUGCCUUCAGAUAUUAGAGGGUCAUGCUGAUGAGAUCUUCUCCUGUGCUUUCAACUACGAAGGUGAUAUAAUCAUUACAGGGAGCAAGGAUAACUCCUGUAGAAUCUGGCACUGACUGAAGAAAAGGAAGRAUCCAGUUUGGUAUAUGCCUGCCUACUUUGUGAGUUUAGUCAAUAAAUUCAGCCUUUCAGAUCUGUUUUCUUUCCUUCUCUUUGUUCACUUUCUGCUGAAGUAGAACAGUUCUCUAGGUUUGGCUUAGAUACGGAAUCACAGAAUUGCARAAGGUGGAAAAGACCACUGGAAGUCUUCCAGUACAACACCCUGCCCUGCUCAGCACCCUGUCAUGCAAGUGACAUGGUUUUGACUCUCUCAAAGGAUAGAAACUCCACAGUUUCUCUACACAACCUGCUUAGUAUUUGAUUACUUGCAUAGUAAUGGAAAAAGGCAGGUUUUUUUUUUCUUUCUUAUAUUUAAAUUGAAGUUUCUUGUAUUUCAAUUUGKGCAUGUUGCUUCUUCACUGAGUACAGAGAAGAGUCUGGUCUGUUAUCUCAGUCACCUGAGAGAAAUGAUGAUUAGUGAGAAUGAACACAUAGGAUGGCUCAAUUUCUUUAUGUGCUGUUUUUAACUUGUAACCUUUUUAAUAUAAAAAAAUAAAGCAUUAUAGUAAUCUCAGUUAUGAAAGGAGUGUUGGUAUGCACUUGCUUUGAGUACUUUUGUAUUAA